AUGAAGGAAGAUGAUAUGUACAUCUGUACAGUCAUGAAAUCUAGUUACGAAAUGAUCGUGGCAUUCUUUUCCAUUCUUUCUAUCGGGGCUGCCAUGAUCCCUUUAUCCCCAGAUCUAAUGCCCGCCGAGGUGAUGGACUUUUAUACACGCUUCAAUGCUCAAGGCAUUAUAGCGCAUUCAAGUACGCCCAACUUGGGGGAUACAAUCAGAGUGCAUGGCCAAAAGACCGGCUGCACCCUUGCCCUGCUUCCUGUGGUAAAGACAAGAUCCGAGAUUUUCCAAACGAUUGAAAAGCCUUAUAUCGACCCAGCAAUCACCAUCUCACCAAAUCGGCCGGUAAUUGCACUUUUCUCCUCCGGUACUACCGGGCCACCUAAAGGUAUCAUUCAUGCUCUCAGAUACUUCACUGCACAUAUGGGGCCUCUUCCCCAAGAGCCAGGAACAGCACUAUCGCACCGACCGAUGCAAUAUGGUGCAUCCCUGACUGCUGUAGUGAACGCUAUUCUCAGAGGAAUGCAACUUGAGAUACUAGUUCCAAACGCUGGGCCAUCCCAAAUCUGGGAGCGUUUACAUCAGGGUGGUGUGACGAAUCUAGCCGGCUCGGUUGGCUUCUGGGUCAACUUGAUGGAAUACUUUGAGCAAAAGCUAGAUUGCCUUCCAGAAGGAAAAAAGAAGCCUUAUACCGAUGGCGUGAGAUCUCUCCGCGUUGCAAACUGCAGUGGCGCGAUGGCAAUGCCGACUACCAAAAUGUUUUGGAAGUCGAUGAGAGGACGACCCUUGCAGAUGGUUUGGGGCAGUACUGAAUCUUCUAUCGGGUUGAAGACUGGCUCUGAUCGUGAUUUUAUUGACUCGAAUGCUAUUGGAAAGCCUGUUUCUGAUGUGGAGGUCAAGCUCUCAGAGGGAGACCACGGAGAAAUGAAAGUGAAAACUCCAACCAUGUUCUUAAGGUAUUGGAAUAAUGAAAGGGCCACUCGGGAUGCAUUUGACGAAGAUGGCUUCUAUCGGACUGGUGAUCUGGUUCAUCGCCUUGGUGAUGACUAUAUCAUAGAAGGCCGUGCGGCUACGGACAUUAUCAACUGUGGCGGGGCUAAAACGCCAAUUCUGGACGUCGAAACCGGACUUUCCAAACUCGAUUAUAUUUCCGAGGCUUCCGUGCUUCCUGUGAAGGAUCCGAAAAAGGGGAACAGGGUCGCUGCUUUGGUACGUACUCGAUUGAACCAAUCGCAGCUUACGCUGCAAGUGCUUCGGAACGAUCUUGCUUCCCACUUGCCUGCCUUUCAGCUCCCGACUGUUCUGCGUGUGCUUUGUGACUAUGAACAAAUCCCCAGAACUAUAUCAGGAAAGGUGGCUCGACAAGAAGCAAAGGAUCGGUACUUUCCCCAGAAUGCCGUAGAUCCCUGUUUAGAGGACCUGCCACAAGAGGUCCAAGUCGAUAACUUCGGUCCGGAUACAGAGUUCCGGUCGCGUCGAAUGUGGGAUACAGGAGGUGUUCAGUGA